AUGGGAGUUGAUGCAAACAGCGGAAUGUUUCCACUUGCCUAUGCAUAUGUAGAGAUUGAGAGCAAUUCAGCGUGGCUAUGGUUUCUAGAAUUAUUGAGUGGUGAUUUGAAUAUUACGAAUAUUCAUGGUUAUGUAUUUACGACUAACAAGCAAAAAGGUUUAAUAGAUGUUGUGGAUGCUCUAUUCUCUCAUGCAGAGCACAACCAUUGUUUGAAACAUCCAUAUGGAAACUUCUAUUUGGAGCAUAGAGGUCUUGCUUUGAAACAUCAAAUGAAAGCAAUUGGUAGGGCCACAACAGUGCCAUGGUUUGAUGUAGAGAUGCGAAAGAUGUUGGAGUUCUCUAAACCUGCACAUGAUUGGCUUGCAGAGAAAGAUCCUAGGCAUUGGAGUAGGGCAUAUUUCAAGACUGAUCCCAAGUGUGACAUGCUUAUGAACAACCUCUGUGAGGCAUUCAACCAUAGCAUAAUGGAUGCCAGAGACAAGCCUGUUUUGACUAUGCUAGAAAGAAUUCGGUUGUAUAUAAUGUUGUUGAUGGCUGGAAGAAGGGUUUUCUGUGAAAAAUGGCAUGGACAAGUUGGGCCAAGAAUUAGAAAAAUAUUAGAGAAAAACAAAGGAAAAGCUCAGUGGUGCAUUCCUAAGGCUACUGGACAAAAUAGGUUUGAAGUAAUGCACCAUAUUGGCCGCAACUUUGCUGUUGAUUUGAAUACCCACUCUUGUUCAUGCCAUGCAUGGGAUUUGAAUGGAAUACCAUGUUUGCAUGCUUGUGCUGCAAUAAGUUGGUUUCAUGGGAAUCCAGAGGACUUUUGUGAUGCAGUGUAUAAGAAAGAGGCUUAUUUGAGAGCCUAUGAACCAAUGAUUAUGCCUAUGACUAGCCAAGAUCAGUGGAUGAAGAUUAAUUUACCUCGAUUACUCCCUCCAAAAUACCACAAGCAGCCUGGUAGGCCUAAGAAGACAAGGAAACAAGCUUUUGAUGACCCUAAACAACCUGCUAAUCCAUAUAAGCUUCCUAGGUAUGAUGUUCUUUUAAAGUGUGGCAAUUGCCGUGGAGAAGGGCAUAAUUGA